CUAAUCUGUCAAAUAAACUGUCAAACGCGCUAGGUGUGGUACGAAUAUUCUAAAUUUUAUUAAAAUUUUGCUAUAAUGUCGGCUACAUUAAAACCUUAUUUAACAGCAGUGCGCCAUACGCUUACAGCGGCGAUGUGUUUAGAGCAUUUUUCAUCGCAAGUAGUAGAGCGUUAUAACAAACCGGAGGUCGAGGUUAGAACAAGCAAAGAGCUUCUCUUGAAUCCAGUUGUGAUUUCUCGUAAUGCAAACGAGAAAGUGUUGAUCGAAUCAUCAAUAAACUCUAUCAGAGUGAGCAUUAUGAUCAAACAGGCGGAUGAGAUUGAAAAGAUUUUAUGCAAAAAGUUUAUGCGAUUUAUGAUGAUGAGAGCAGAAAACUUUAUCGUUCUGAGGCGGAAACCGGUGGACGGAUAUCAUAUCAGUUUCUUAAUAACAAAUUUCCACACCGAGCAAAUGUUCAAACAUAAACUGGUGGACUUUGUGAUAUAUUUCAUGGAAGAAAUUGAUAAAGAAAUUAGCGAAAUGAAACUGGCCGUGAAUGCUCGCGCCAGAAUCUGCUCAGAAGAGUUUUUGAAGCGAUUCUAAAUUCAAAUCCUACAAUAACGGGUAUGACUAAUAGAAUGAGUUAAUGCUAUUGUGUUAAUGGUGGAUUAGUGUAAUAUUUCCUUAUGACUGUUAUCAUAAACUACAGUCCCUAAUGCAGAAGUUUUACCUUACUAUAGCCAUUACAAUUUACAUGUAAACAUUAGCUUUUUUAUUAAGGUUAACACCUUUGCCUAGGUUUGGUACCCAAGCUAAACCUGUAUGUUCAUGAACAAAUUCCAAUAUUGUUUACUGCAUAGAAUAAUGAUGCUUGUGCAUCUAUAAGAAAUGUUUUUUAAUUUAUAAGCAGUAUUGUAUUAAGUAUGUAAUAAUAAUCAUAUUAUAG